AUGGCGGAGACAGACAGUUUGGUGUUCUUCGUGAAUGGUAUAAAGAUAGAGGAAAGGCAGCCUGAUCCAGGUCUCUCGUUGCUGCAGUACCUGCGUCAUAAAUUGCGCCUGACCGGAAGUAAGGGUGGCUGUGCAGAAGGAGGAUGUGGCGCGUGUACCGUAAUGGUGUCAGAGUAUGACCACAAAGCACAGAAGAUCAGGCAUUUUUCGGUCUUUGCUUGCAUCCUGCCCGUAUGUUAUCUCCAUGGUCUGGCUGUCACUACAGUAGAGGGUAUAGGCAGCACCAAGACCAGGCUACACCCAGUACAGAAAAGGUUAGCGGAGGCGCACGGCUCCCAGUGUGGAUUCUGUACCCCUGGUAUGGUCAUGUCCAUGUACGCGCUCCUCAGGAACAACCCUCAGCCUACUGAAGACCAAAUUCGCCGAUUCCUAGAUGGAAACCUGUGUCGAUGUACUGGCUACAGACCUAUACUUGAUGGAUUUCGGACAUUCGCAAAGCCUAAGGAUGUCUCCAGCAUGACGUAUUAUUCGCCAUACGAUCCGACACAAGAACCCAUCUUUCCUCCAGAGCUAAAGAACAAGUGGACAUUUUACCAAGAGAAAUCAGUCGUGUUCAAAUGUGGCAAUUGCACGUGGUACAGACCAUCCACCCUGGCUGAGGUACUUGACCUGAAGUGUCGACAUCCUGAAGCAAAGAUUGUUCUGGGGAAUACAGAGAUAUCAGUUGAGACUCACUGCAAGGGUCGGACAUACCAUGUGUUGAUCGAGGCCACCAGCGUCCCGGAACUCAGGCAGAUUUCAAGGUCACCGUCAGGGAUAACGUUCGGCUCGGCCGUCACUAUCACCAACGUUAUUGAUACAUUGCAAACUGUUGUCAGUGACACGCCAGAGUAUGAAACACGGGUGUUCCGUGGUUUUCUGGACGUUCUGCGAUGGUUCGGCAACACACAGAGUAUCGGUGGCAACAUUAUUGCGUCCAGUCCAUUGUCUGACCUCCUCCCGAUGCUUAUGGCUGCCGGCGCCACCAUCAGCGUGGCGAAGAAAGGCUCCGCUAUUAGGCACUUCACGAUUGACUCCAGCUUCCAUGUCAAGUACAGGUCAACGUGUCUGGACUCCGAUGAUGUCCUGAUGUCUGUAACAAUCCCUGCAUCAAACAAGAACGAGUUCUUCCACGGCUACAAGCAGGCAGGCAGGAAGGAAGGUUGUGUUGCAACAUGCAAUGCAGGUAUGAGAGUCGUAUUUGAGGACAACUCAAACAUCGUUAAAGACAUCUAUCUUGCCUAUGGGUGCAUGGCACCGACCACCAUCCUGGCAACUAACACAAGGAACGCACUUAUUGGCAGUCGUUGGCAGGGCGAUCUGGUAACCAAGGCAACCUCCCUGUUGGCUGAGGAACUGCAGCUGGAACCGGGGGUUCCUGGAGGGAUGUGUGAAUACAGACAAUCACUUACAACCAGCUUCUUCUUUAAGUUCUACCUGUCUGUACAACGUGCUUUGUGUCAUCAGAAUGGGACUGCAUCAGAGAUACCCCGACAUUUCCGAAGUGCUUUAUCGGACAUCGACUACCCAUUGCCAAGUCCCAGUCACGUGUACGAUGACGUCAGUUCCGGUCAGCCACCAGACGACAUUGGGAGGACGUGUGUGAUACAACGCGCUACAGGAGAGACAAUGUAUCUGGACGACAUUGCGGCAAGUGAAGGUGAGACUUUCCAUGUGGGUAACAUGGCGUCAAUUCAAGGUGAGAUUCUCCAUGCUGGUGAGAUGGCGUCAAGUGAAGGUGAGAUUCACUAUGUUGGUGAGAUGGCGUCAAGUGAAGGUGGGAUUCUCCAUGUUGGUGAAAUGUCGUCAAGUAAAGGCGAGAUUCGCCAUGUGAGUUACAUGACGUCAAGUGAAGGUGAGAUUGUUCAUGUUGGUGAGAUGGCGUCAAGUGAAGGGGGAGAUUUGACGUCAAGUAAAGGUGACAUUCUCCAUGUUAGGGAGAUGGCAUCAGGUGAAGGUGAGAUUCUCCAUGUUGGGGAGAUGGCAUCAGGAGAAGGUGAGAUUCUCCAUGUUGGGGAGAUGGCAUCAGGAGAAGGUGAGAUUCUCCAUGUUGGGGAGAUGGCAUCAGGAGAAGGUGAGAUUCUCCAUGUUGGGGAGAUGGCAUCAGGAGAAGGUGAGAUUCUCCAAGUUGGGGAGAUGGCUUCAGGGGAAGGUGAGAUUCUCCAUGUUGGGGAGAUGGCAUCAGGAGAAGUAGAGAUUCUCCAUGUUGGGGAGAUGGCAUCAGGGGAAGGUGAGAUUCUCCAUGUUGGGGAGAUGGCAUCAGGAGAAGGUGAGAUUCUCCAUGUUGGGGAGAUGGCAUCAGGAGAAGGUGAGAUUCUCCAUGUUGGGGAGAUGGCUUCAGGGGAAGGUGAGAUUCUCCGUGUUAGGGAGAUGGCAUCAGGAGAAGGUGAGAUUCUCCAUGUUGGGGAGAUGGCAUCAGGAGAAGGUGAGAUUCUCCAUGUUGGGGAGAUGGCAUCAGGGGAAGGUGAGAUUCUCCAUGUUAGGGAGAUGGCAUCAGGGGAAGGAGAAUUAUUUAUGGCACUGGUGCUGAGUGAGAGACCACACGCUUGCCUUGUCAGUGUUGACGCUACGGAGGCGCUCACUCUGUCUGGGGUGGUGGACUUCAUCACGCACAAAGACAUCCCAGGGGAGACAACCUGGGGACAGCCGGGAUCUCAAGAAGAGGUUUUCGCCUCUGACGUGGUGCUGUGGCGCGGUCAGACUGUAGGCGCCAUUGUUGCAGAGAGUACACGAUCCGCCGAACACGCUGCUUCUAUGGUCAAGAUCGUCUACGAAGACCUUCCGUAUAUUCUUACAAUUAAGGAAGCAAUAAAAAACGUCUCCUUCCACGGAGAACCCCAGACUCUGACCAGUGGCGACUCCGAGUCUGCCUUCAACACCUGCGACCACGUGCUGGAGGGGGAGGCUCGGACCGGGGCCCAGGAACACUUCUACCUGGAGACAAUGGGCAGCCUGGUCAUCCCGGGGGUGGAGGAUGGGAAGAUAGAGGUCUAUACCGGCACACAAUCUGCAUCAUAUUCACAGGAAUCCAUCUGCAAGGUUUUGGGAGUAACUUCAAACAAGGUCGUCGUCAAAGUCAAAAGUUCUGGGGAACCUUUGUAUGGCAAACAAACACGCAACCUGCUCACCACCCUACCAGCAGCUGUGGCAGCCCACGGAUUGGGGAGACCUGUACGGUGUGUUCUGGACAGACACGUUGACACGACCAUCACUGGGAAUCGGUUCCCGACCUGGGCACAUUACAAGGUUGGAUUUAACAGUGACGGCAAUAUCAUCGCCUACAGUGUCAACAUCUACGUGAACGCAGGGAUGUCAGUGGAUCAGUCACGGGAGGUGGUUCAUCAGAUGAUGAUGCACGUCGACGCCAGUUACAGCAUCCCCAACUUGACAUUCAGAGGGCACUCUUGCAAAACGAACCUACCCUCUAACACACCGCUUCAAGGAUUUGGCGUCCCACAAGUCACCCUGGUUACCGAGCAGAUGAUACAGCUAGUAGCAGACACCCUUCAAAAAAAACCAGAACAGGAGGUGAGUGUCACUGUGAAGAUUGACGCGGAUGGAUCUGUCGUCAUCUCGCCGGUCGGGGGGACGCCGGGGCAUAGCGAUAACACCCAGAUGGUCCAGAUCGUCAGUGAUGAGCUAAAUGUGCCCACAUCCUUCGUCCGGAUUGAUGAGAGCAGCGAGACUGGCAACCCGUCACUUAAUGCAGACGCAACCAAUGAAGACAUCUGGGGCCUUGCGGUGCUGGAUGCGUGUCAGAUACUCUAUGGCCGCCUAUUACCUUUUAUUGGUGUCAGCUCUGAUGAAACGUGGGAGGAUGUGGUUCUUGCUGCGGUCAACGAAAGAGUCGACCUGAUGGCUUCUGGUGUCUACAGGGCGCCUGGUCUUCACUGCGACGCCGCUAGCGACAACGACUCUGACCGGAACUACGUUGUGUGUGGCGCCAGCUGUUCUGAGGUCGAGGUCGACUGUUUGAGUGGGGAGCUUCGCGUGACCAGGACUGAUCUCGUCAUUGACGCCGGUCGCAGUGCAAACAAAGCGGUCGACAUUGGCCAGAUUGAGGGUGCAUUUAUGCUAGGCUACGGUCUAUACGUCCUUGAGGACUACCAACUCACCCCUAGCGGGAUGCUGCUCACCCAGGGGCCCGGCACCUACAAGAUACCUUCCAUCGGGAAUAUACCCACCCAGAUGAACGUUCACCUGCUAAAAGAUGUCGACAAUGACAGGACAAUGGACGAGUCGAAGGGUGUUACCGACAUGUCAGUGGUUCUUUCACUAUCUGCAUUCUUCGCCAUCGCUGACGCCGUCAAAUCAGCCAGAGCAGAUGCAGGCUGCACAGACCGGUUCCAGCUGGACUGUCCUGCUACUCCUGAAGCAGUCAGAAUGGCGUGUCAGGACCAGUUUACUCAAAAGAUCCAUCAUUCGUCAGACGACGCAUAUACUCCGACGACGAUAGACCUGUCCUAGAGGCACCCUGUGAUGGCAGUGUGGAUUGGGCGAGUUGACAUAUUGUGAUUUCGCAUGGGAAGAUACUAGUUGUCAUACAUGUAACUAGUUAUUGACACGGUGACUGUGCUGAAAGAGAAUUGUGGUAAUGGAGCAUUGUUUUGUAAUUUUGUACGGUUUAUUUCCAUUCGAAACCUCCACGUCGGGUUACCUUUCAUGUAAUUGUUCGAAGAAAGUGUUAUAUAUGGUUGAAACACCUAGCUAUAUGGACCCUUUACAACGAUAAACAUUU